AUGUACGCGCAGCGACACGGGUAUCUCUUCUUCGACUCCUACUACGACGGCUACAACCUCUCGCGCAAAGCCACGUGGCACAAGACUCGUCCCACCCGCCGCCUCACCCGCCCGUCUCCCCCGCCCCCCCCGGCUCACGCUCCCUCCCCGCGCCUCGCCCUCCUUCCCCUACGUCUCCGAUUCCCCCCACUCACCCUCCUCUCCCCUGCCUCCCCCGCCUGGGCGCGUGUGCAGGUGACGCUGCUGCGGCACGCGCUGCAGUGCUGCUGCCGGUGGGCGCUAUACGUGGACUCGGAUGCGUACCUGCGCAUGGACGGGCACCGCCUCUCCGUCGAGGACUGGGCCGCACGCGUCGGCAAGCGGUCCACCAAGAAGUCACCUCCCUUUCUUCUGCUGGACUAUGUGUUCGUGGUGGAGUGCGGUGUCGAGCUCGCACCUGGAAGGGCAGAUGGUGAAUGCGCACCUGUUCGAUCAAGUGCUCCACCCACAGCCACGCCAGGACAACCCGCAACCCUCACCUCCCAGCCCGCCCCUGCAACCUGCUGGCAGCAGCAACAGCAACAGCAGCAGCAGGCGCAGGCGCAGGCACAGCAGAAACCACAGCAAGAAGAUGCGCAGGAGAAUGAGAGCCAGGAAGCAGCAGUCAAGCUGGGCAACUCCCAGGAGACAAACUCCUCUACAGCUGCCCCUUCUGCCUCACGCAGACUCCUGCAAACACCCGUCCCUUCCGCAGCCCCUGAUGCAGACUCAGCUGCUGCAGGCAAUCAGCCUUCUGCGUCCUCUCAAAAGGCAGGCUUGCCUGCAGGAGGCAAGGAGAAGGUGCCGUUCAUGGUGGUGCCGCGCAAUGGGGAUGGGCAGCAGGGGUACGAUGGAGAACCACAGCAUCUCUUCCACCCGGACUCUGACUCCCUCAACGCGGGAGUCAUUCUUAUGAGCCAUUCCAAUGAUAGCUUUCAGGUAACCUAUCUCCUGCCCCAUUCCCUGCAACCUUUUCGCUCUGCUGUUCCCUACCGUGCCUCACCUUCUCUCCCCUUCGGCGACGUCUCAAACCCGCCUUCCGCUGCUGCUGUACUUACCAACCCCCCUUUCUCUUUCACCACAUGGCAGUUUCUACAGGAGUGGUAUGAUGCCAUACUCCCUGAAUUCGGUGACCAGAGGCCCAUGAACUUGGUGGCGCAGAGAUGGCGGGAGCAGGUGGUGGUGCUGCCGUACUUAGAAAUGACAGGGCCGCAGGGAGCAAUGAUCAGACAUGUGUGGCACACCCUGGGCAAGGAGGUGCGUGACAGGGAGUUGCAAAAGGCGCUGCUGGGACUGAUAGUGCAGCAGCAGUUUGAGAAGGAGCAAGGAUGA